GCGGGAGGGAGCGCGCCACGUGGCCGGAGGCGCUGGCGCAGGCGUCAUGCGACACUUGAGGUGGGCUCCGACCUGGGCGCUCAUGUAGCCUGGGCGGCUCGCAGGCACGCGCUGGGUAGCGCCCGCCGCUUCACCACACGCAGGAUGCUGCCUUGGCUUGGGCCAUGGGGCACAGGCCAGGCGGAGGCCGCAGAGGGGCCGGGCCUCUCCACGGGCGGUGCCCACGGGGAGGCCUGGCGCCCUGGCGAGGACACCAUGGAGAGGCAGGACCCGCCUGUGCAGGACAGCGCACCGCGCCCGGCCCUCAGCCCACCCGAGCCCGGAAGGAAGCCGCCGCCGCCUUCCAGGCGCCCGGCUGCCGCGCCGGCCGCAGAGGCCCCAGUGGCUCGUCCUCCUCAGGUGACCUCCCAGGUCACCGCCUCCAGGAUGGCUCCGCGGCCACUCCAGGACCCCGGCCACCAGGCCAAGGCGGGCCCUCAGCUGCUGGUGAGUGGGGGGCUCUGCGGCUCGGGCCCCAGGUCGCAGCGGUGCCACGAGAGAUGGAGCGCGGUGACUUCCGGUUCCCCACAGGGCGCCGGCCGGGGCCCGGGGGUGACGCUGUCUGGCAGGACGCUGUGCCAUCCUUCCUGGCCUCUGUACGACGACUGGGGCCGGGUCCCCGCGCCCUCAGGACAGCCCGCGGGAGAGCAGGCGGGGACGCGCGACGCAGGGCUGCCGGUGACAAACUAUGAAGACGUCUUUCUCUUGGACCCUCUGCUGCCGCGUGGGCAGCGUGUCCCCGUCUGCCUGCCCAAGCCGCCUCAGCAGGCCAUGGGCUCCAGGAAGCUGCUGCUCCCCGCUGCUAUCAUGUCCCCCUCUGUGCACCCCUCCUCAUCCCAGGCCUGCCCCUCCACCUGGCUCAGCGAGGCGGAGAUGAUCGCCCUGGCUGGGCUGCUGCAGAUGAGCCAGGGCGAGCCGACACCCAGCUCCCGGGCAGGCGCUCUGCCCGCCACCGGCUGCGCAGACCCUGUCGCCGCCGUCUCCGAAGACCCCGGCCCCAGUGGAGGCCAGAGCUGCUCCGGAAGCGCUGACCCAUGACCCACGUAGAACCCGGGUGCAGGACCACUGUCCAUACCGCACCCAUCCAUACUGCACCCCGUCCAUACCACACCCGUCCAUACCACACCCGUCCAUACCACACCCAUCCAUACCGCACCCCGUCCAUACCACACCCAUCCAUACCGCACCCGUCCAUACCACACCCAUCCAUACUGCACCCCAUCCAUACCACACCCCGUCCAUACCACACCCAUCCAUACCGCACCCGUCCAUACCACACCCAUCCAUACUGCACCCCAUCCAUACCACACCCCGUCCAUACCGCACCCCGUCCAUACCACACCCGACCAUACCACACCCCGUCCCUCCCUCCACAGCUGCUGUCUCCCCAAGCUGUUUUGGUGACAAUAAAUCAGACUUUGCAAA